AUGCCGGCUCUACGCCGCCAAAUUUCUACCCUCUCAACGGUUAACUUGAACAAAACGAUCAACAGCUUCAUUGGUAACGGAAACCUCCAAGAAGCUCGGAAGCUCUUCGAUCAAAGCCCCCACUUGACAAAUGUCGUAUCAUGGAAUUCCCUUAUCGCUGGUUACUUCAAACACAAUCUCAUCCAACAAGCAGAGUACCUGUUUGACAAAAUGCCUCACAGAGAUGUCGUUUCUUGGAACACCAUGCUCUCCGGAUAUCGCAACGCCAACAACCCAGAGAAACUUCAAGGUCUCGUGCUCUGUUUGGGGAUAAGUCUCAAUGUCUUUGUAGGGUCAGCAUUGAUGAGGGGUUAUGUUGAUUUGGAUGAUUACAGAGGUUUAGCUCGAGUUUUUGAUGAGAUUUUGGAUAAAGAUGUUACGCCGUGGAAUGUGUUGAUUUUGGGUUAUAUGAAAUUUGGGUGCACAAGUGAGGCGCAGAGGGCUUUUGAUAUGAUGCCUAUGAGAAAUUAUUUUACUUGGAGUACUUUGAUCAAUGGAUAUAUUGAGAACAAGAAGCUUAAUGAAGCUCGAUUCAUUUUUGAUAAGAUGAGUGAGAAAGAUGUGGUUUCUUGGACAGCAAUGAUAAGAGGGUAUGCGCAGUAUGGAGAGUUUAUGAAGGCUUUGAAAUUAUUUAAGUUGAUGUUGAACUUGGGUUCUCGUCCUAAUCAUUUUACGUUUUCAACUGUUUUAGAUGCUUGCGCAGGCUACUCUGCUGUUCUGGUAGGCAAUCAAGUUCAUGCGUGCAUCUUGAAGUCUGGUUUCCCUCUUGAUGUCAUCUUGUUGACCUCCCUUCUUGACAUGUACGGUAAAUGUGGAGACAUUGAAGUUGCUUUCUGCAUUUUUGAGUCAAUCCCGGCAAGGAAUUUGGUAGCCUGGAAUUCGAUCAUUGGAGGUUUUGCAAGACAUGGGCUUGCAGAGAGGGCAAUGCAGGAGUUUGAGAGGAUGCUAAAGAGUGGUAUCAGGCCUGAUGAAAUUACUUUUAUUAAUUUGGUAUAUGCAUGUGGCCAUGGUGGGCUAGUCGAGGAAGGUGAGAGAAUUUUCAAUUCUAUGGUAACAGAGUACGGAUUGAAAGCAGAGAUGGAACACUAUGCAUGUAUGGUGGACUUGUAUGGAAGGGCAGGUCAGCUUGAGAAAGCAGAAAAACUAAUCGAUGGGAUGCCUUUUAAGCCUGAUGUGGUCGUCUGGGGGGCAUUGCUAGGAGCAUGUGGCUUGCACUCAUGUCUAGAGCUCGGAGAGAUUGCAGCAAAUGGAAUCUACACAUUGGAGCACGACCAUCCUGCAGUAUACUCGGAAAUGGUGCUUUCAUCCAAGGAGAAGCAGUCGUCCAAUGAAAUCCUUCUUGAUGAAUGCCUCGUUGAGGUAUUCAAACGUCUUUCCAGUGGCCAAGAGAGAAGUGCUUGUGGUUGUGUUUCCAAGCGCUGGCUUAUGCUUUUAAGCAGCAUCCGCAGGGAUGAAGCAUUUGCCUUCAAGCCCAAUCUGCCUUCAAAUGCUGAAGAGGAAUCUACUUAA